CGUUCCGCUCCGUUCAUGAGAGACGGAGCGCGGCGCGGGGGUGUCUGGUGUCCCACGCUGCUAGAAACCAUACUGCCCACAGCCGCCGCCAUCAUCUCAACCGCCUUUCCCCCCACCACUCCCUCAGGCGGGCGAGCCCCGCCUCCUGCUUCCGCAUGCGCAUCGCGCCUGCGCCGUGCCCUCGUCGUCCCCCUGCCCCGGGUGUCUUGUGUCGGCGGGGCUAUGGCUCUGCGAAUGCUGCGCGGAGUGCCCCGGGUAGCGAAGUUAUCACUGUUGUGCAGCUCUCAGAGGAGCACCAGCUGUAAGACAGGAGGAAGAUCUGAACCUGCUAAGCAGCCACUCAGGAAACCAAAGUUACCAGUAGGUCGAUUUGAUGAACCGGAGGAAUUCAGUGUAGAGAAGGAACCCUUGGAAAAAUUCCCUGAUGGAAUCAAUCCUGUCACAAAAGAGAGAGGUGGACCGAAAGGCCCUGAACCUACACGUUUUGGAGACUGGGAGCGAAAAGGACGUUGUAUAGAUUUUUAAUGUAUAAAUGUGUCUGUAUAGCUAAUAAAACAUUUCUAGUUGUUGAAAAAUAUAAUGUACAGAAAAAUCCUACCUGGGUUUAUUGUGAAGCGGCUUGUUUCUGUCAUGUUUGUGAUGAAUUUUCUGAGAGGUGUUAUGUAAAUAAACAUGAUGGUGCAACUCAAA